UGGGAACGUCAGCUACUAGUUAGCAAUCGAAACUUGCGAAGCUAGAAUCGACAGGUUAUGGAUCCUAUCCUUUAAGGAGCAGUCAUCAGUGAUACGUUUCUGCAUCCAUCGUGCUCAAAUGCCAACCAUGGACUGUAUUCAAGUGACUUUGACUGUGAGAGGAACGACAUGCCCUGGGGAGUUGAUGGCAGUGGUUGGCAGCUGUGAUACUUUAGGCAGCUGGUGUCAUCAAAGAGCUGUGACUCUACAGCCACUGGAGGAGGAUAGCACACUGUGGAGAAAGACCAUCACUGUACCAAGGGGUGUUGAAAUCAAAUAUCGCUAUUUUAAAGGAUUCUUUUUGGAAUCUAUGAAUGCAGGUGGUCCAUCUCAAGUGAUAGUCAAUAAAUGGGAGACCCAUCAGCAACCACGAACAUUGAGCCCCUCAGAGUCAGACACUGAGAUAAAUGACGGCCAGUUUGGAGUGCACAAUGGUAUUAAUUGUGCGGACGCUGGCUGGUUAACAUGCCAGACAGAAAUCCGCCUUAGACUUCAUUACUCCCACAAGCCGCCGGUAUCCAUUACCAAGAAGAAAUUCAAGAAGUCCAGAUUCAGACUGAAAUUAACGCUGGAGGGUAUCGAAGAAGAGGAAGAUGACGAAGAUCAGCCAAGUCCAACUUCAUGGCACAAAAUGACAACCACACUUGAAAUCAGCAUGAUCAGCACCAAUGGGUACAAAUCACGUCACUCCCAGCCAGACUGUGGUUAUGCGCUGGAACCAAGCCAGUGGACAGAGUACACCGUUCACACCAUGGACCCUGAUAACCUAGAGCUCAUCUUCGAGUUCUUCGAGGAGGACCUGAGUGAAAAGGUGGUUCAGGGCGACAUCCAUCCCGGGCAUGUGGGCACCGCAUGCCUCUUGUCCUCGUCUUUCGUGGAGAGCGGCAAAGACACGGGAGUGGUCACUCUGCCCAUCAUGAGCAGAAAUUCCCGUCAGACCAUCGGAAAAGUCAGGGUGGAUUACCUCGUGAUUCGUCCAAUCCAGGGCUUGCAGUGUGACAUGCGUGAGUCCUUCUCCAAGUAUUGGAGGAAGAGGAGCGCUUUAGACGUGGGCCACAGAGGGGCAGGCAGUAGUGAUGCUGCCAAACAUCAUAAAAUCAGGGAAAACACUAUAGCCUCAUUUCUCAGUGCUGCAAAUCACGGAGCCGCCUAUGUGGAAUUUGAUGUCCACCUCUCAAAGGACUUUGUUCCAAUCGUGUACCACGACCUCACCUGUUGUAUCUCCAGCAAAAAGAAAAAUGAUAAACACUCCAUGCUUUUAUUUGAAGUUCCUGUGAAAGACCUCACCUUUGAUCAACUUCAGCUUCUCAAGGUGGCCCACCCAACUGCCAUGAAAGUGCAUGACCACAAAGACUUGAUGGAUGAGGAGGAGUACAUAGAUGAGCAUCAGCCAUUUCCAUCGCUUUCUCAGAUAUUCCAGGCUGUUCCAGAUCAUGUAGGCUUUAAUAUUGAGUUGAAGUGGAUCUCUCAGUUAAAGGAUGGCUCCUGGGAGGGAAACUUGUCCUCUUACUUUAACAUGAACCAGUUCCUGGAUAUCGUCCUGACCUGUGUGUUACAGAAUGCCAACAAAAGACGAAUUGUCUUCUCCUCCUUCAACCCUGACGUGUGUACUAUGGUGCGUCAGAAGCAGAACAAAUACCCCAUCCUGUUUUUGACUCAAGGCAUCUCAGACAUCUACCCGGAGAUGAUGGACAUUCGCUGUCAAAACACACAGAUUGCCAUGAGCUUUGCUCAGAGUGAGGAUAUUCUGGGUAUAAGUGCUCACACAGAGGAACUGCUGAGGAAUAUGAAGUGUAUAAAGGAGGCUCAGGAAAAAGGCCUGGUGGUCUUCUGCUGGGGCGAUGACAACAAUGAUCACGAGAACCGCCGCAAGCUCAGGGAACAGGGCAUCGAUGGUCUUAUCUACGACAGAAUAUGUGAUGACCAGGUCGAACAGCCCAACAUCUUUAAGGUGGAAGAACAGGUGUCUCUGAAGGAGCUGAUUCCGGAGGAGACCCUGCAGAGUUGCGUCUGCUCCACCUACAGCAUCCCCUGCAGCUCCGUGCCCUGUUCCGGAAAAAGCCGAGCCGGCAGCGGGGAAUCCGACUCGGGCCUCAGCUCCUCGUGACCCCCCCCCCCCCCCCCCCCCUUUACCCCCUCACGACCUCCGCCCUACCCCUGUUCCCUCCAUCCUUUGACACCCCUGUCGCCGCUGCUGUUGCACAAUCUUCCUACAGCCUUCCAUAAUCUCCAUACGAUUUUUCCAUAGCCAGCAAAAAUGACCUCGUUACAAACCCUCAUCAGCUUCACAAUGCAGUACCAGCCCAGACACACUCCCUUACGUCCUGGUGUGUUUUGCCAAAACAUGUCUGAUUUAGUGGUGGAAGGUAUGAUUAAACUAAGGUCAAAAAUAAAGGAAACCAUAAAGGAAAAGCUCUCCAUAUGAACAGAAGGUUCUGCCCAUAAGCUUCUGUAUGAAUAGACAUUGUGUUUAGCAAGUUUUCUGUAAAAAAAGAAACAAAAAACUCAGUGCUAAAAUAGUUUUUAACACUUUUAUUUAUAUUUGUGUAGAGUUCCCAGUUUUUUUUUCUUUGUAGCUAUAGCUGUCCAGUGACUAUCACUACUUUUAGAAUUUCACAAAGAAAAUCGGUUAAUGGUAUUUUCAGGACCCCCUCCCCAAAUUCCAAUUCAGCUCCAAAUCGUGUUUGUGUUUUAGUUUAAAUAAAUCUUAUGUAUUUUAAAUGGAAUGCACUUUUACAUGAUUAGUAAGCCUUACUUCUUCUCAGUGAUCUAUAUUAUUUAGCGGGUCUACAGGAGGCAAACUCCACCAAAUAGUCCUGCAUAUUGCCAAAAACAAAACAAACAAACAAACAAAAAAAGAUUAGCUAGAACUUUAUGUUGUAUCUUAGAGAAUUAAACCAUUUAUGUGAAUGUAGUAUAUGCCAUGAACCGAAAGAGCAGGAUUAACAGUCCAAGAAGAACAACAACAUUUCAUUCUCAUCCAUCCAUCCAUUCCUGGCAUAUUUCAAUGCAGUUUUUUUUUCCUUCUUACUCAUUAAGGGUACAAUCCACCUUAACCUCUCUUUACUUUCUUGAAUUAUGCAGCUCUCCAUCUGUCUGACCGUCAUAAACAAUGACACACAAGAACAAUUUAAACGCAAGAGAGUUUAUUUCUUUUUUUUUUUUUUAACUGCUUCAGUGGAUAGUGCAAUUUUGUUUCAUAAAUAUGACGUCAUGUUCACAAAUUCCAUGCAUAUAAUGACGUGAAAAUACAACAUGUAUGUACAGUGAUGUUACUCUGCAUAAUUAGGUGUCUGUAUAUGUAUGCUCCAGAUCGGGCUUGACUGUGUUCUACAUUGCUGGAAGAGCCCAGUGUCUCCCUUUGCUGAGUAAUACAACCAUGCAUGUUAAAUUAACUUAAGAAGAGAGAUGUUUUCUCCCUCUGUUGAAAACAAGUGUCAACACCGACACCACUGAACAAUGCUCGUCGAGCACCAAUAAAUCUACCAAAACAAAA